UGCAACAUGAAGGCUUUUCUAUCCAUCCUCUUCGUGACCUCGGUCUUAGCGGACCCCAGCAAGGUCGUCCAGAAGCGGAGCGGACUCGGCCACCUCGGCGGUUACGGAUACGGCCUCGCGCCGGGCCUGGGGGUCCCGUCGGGGUACGCGCUAGGCCUGCACGGGGGCACUGUGGUCGGCGCGGACGUGCACACGACGGUGACGAAGCAUAUAGGCGUGCCUGUACCAGCGCCGUAUCCGGUGGCCGUUGAUCGGCCGGUACCGUAUCCGGUUAAAGUAGCAGUUCCGGUUCCGGUAGACCGUCCGUACGCCGUGCCCGUACCGCGUCCGUAUCCGGUACCCGUGGAAAAGCCAGUAGCUGUGCCGGUAGACCGUCCAGUACCCGUGCCCGUACCGCACGCCGUUCCAGUACCGGUCAUUAAACAGGUGGGAGUCCCCGUGCCUCAGCCGUACCCCGUCGCCGUCCCAAAACCCGUCGCCGUACCCGUCCCGCAGCCGUACGCCGUGCCCGUCGUCAAGGCCGUCGGGCACGGCCUCAUCGGCCCGAGCCUCGGUCUAGGACACGGUCUCGGUCUAGGACACGGUCUGCUCGGACACGGUGUGAUCGGACACGGUCUAAUUGGACACGGUUACUCACACGGCAUCUCGGCGUAUGACGUUCAUGGGCAUGGGAAGAUUUGGUAAAGGGGGGUAGUUUGUUAGGUGACAGUUUGAGUACAAGGUUUUAGAAAAAAUAAUUUGGGAAUUUAUGGCUAAGGAAAUUGAGGCAUGUUCACCUUUCUGCAUUAAUCUGGAAACUUUUUUUGGUAAUUUUUGUUAUGUAUAAUGCAAAAGUGCACCAAGAACGUUUAGAACCUUAUUUUAUGUGAUAGGCAUAAAAUAAUGAGACUGAUGACAAUCAUUAUUUUAUGCAUGUCACUUUUUUGGUGUUUUAUUUUUCGUGAACUGUCAUGAGAUGAGGUCUCAAUGGCAAAGGCAUGUUAAGAUUUUCUUACCUAUUUAAUUUCUAAUAUUUUUUCUUAAUAUAAAAUCUUGAAUGUGCAAUAAUGUUGGUACACCUAACAAACGGAUGUGUAUUAAUAUUACCAUGUAUAAAUAAUGGCAUUUCCACAUAGGACACGCGUAGUCAACGUUUGAACGAGUAUUGUGAUGUAGAUUAAGAUAGCUUAAGGAGCGAGUGAGGAUGUACAGCUAUGUUGGUCUAUCGGGAAAUGGGUGCGUGAGGAGAAAAUAAUUUCUUAAUAAUUCCGAAGAUUUUUCCAGACUGUAGGUGUUUCUUUUUUUUGCCACUUUUUUAAAUGUGGUAUUUUUGAUAAAUUUUAUGUUAUUUCUACUCAGAAUGACUAGCUUUUUCAAUCAUAAUAUGUGAAUACAUAGUCCUAUAAGUAUUUGUUUUUCCCAUUUUAUUGCCAUUUUCCAUACAUUUUGUAUGUUGUAAUAAGAAUGUAUGGAGACUAGGAACUCUUUUUGUCUCCUGUUGGGAUAGAAAGAUCUCGUGAUUCCGUAUACAAUUGACCAAAAAUUCCUUAAAAAUAUCAAAAAAACGGCAAAAAAAAGAAAUGCUCGUAAGAUUUAUGUGAGAUCAAUUGAAGGCAAGUUUAAAGUGAAACCACCUUCCCGAAAGGCUGCAUAGCAUUUCUAAGUCAAGUUAGAAGCGUUUUGCCAUAUAUCUGGGUAUUUUGGUGAUGGGACGAGAAAGCAAUAUGUAUUGUUUCUGAAUUUGUUUCUAAUCUGUUGUAUUUAAACGGGAUGAGUAUUGUUUUUAUAAUAUGCACGCACACCACGAUCUUAUGUACAGUUGCCAUGAUAAUUUUGAAGUUGGAUGACACCUACAGGAUGUAACAUAGUGAAGAUCCGUUUAAAGGCAUGUUCCAUAUUGUGUUCUUAGUAAGAAUAAGAAGUAUUCCUGUAAUUAAAAAAUAGAAGAUCACUAUGAUCAGAGCAAGUACAAUAACAAUUCAUUCGCCAUUUUUUGGGCGUGUCACAUAUAGGCAAAAAAACUAGUACGUGCAUUCGAAUUUUUUUUUUGUUUUUUUUUUUCGUUGAUCUCUGUCGGUUAUCGAAUAAUGUAUGAGUAAAGAAGAGAGGCUUGCAUUGUGUACCUGGUCACGCUCUGUUGUAUAUAGCUUAUUUAGUUUUAAAGAUGAAGUAAGAGUUUUUUUUCUGCCGCAGUC